AUCUUUAGCGGGGUUGACUCAACGAACCCCUCCAUCCAGCAGCAUUGAGUGUAUAAGAUACCGACCGACUGUGUCAACUCCUCACCAACUCCAAUCUAAACCAAGCAACCAUGGCCGACACUUCCAUUGAGGACCUCCUAGCCCCGCGCUUCGCCGCUCUCGGCCUCGGCGAGAAAGCGCUCAAGGAAGCCACGCGCAACAAGAAGAUCACCACAGCGUGGACAGAGGUGCUCGAAGAAGCCGGGAUCGCCGCCGACCACCCCACCACCAUAGCCGAUGCGAAAGUGGGCACCACGCUGGCUUCGCUGGUCUCCACCACUGCGAAGGGCGACGGCGCGCUCGGCGGAAAGCGGAAGUACAUCGUCCAGGCCAUCCUGGACGGCCGGGUCAAGACCAACGUGCAGGUCGAUGCGGCGGUGAAGUUCGUCAAGGCGUGCGCCCCCGCCGCGGAGGUGGACGGCGAGGCGUUCGAUAAGGAAUGCGGCGUUGGAAUCGAGUUCACCCCCGAGACGCUGGCUGCCGCCGUGGCGGAGUACAUCGAGAAGAACCGCGCCACGAUCGAGGAGCAGCGCUACAAGACCCUCACCGCGACGCUGGCGGACGCAAAGACCUCGACAGACCUGAAGUGGGCGGCGCCCGGCGAUCUCAAGAAGGAGAUCGACGCGCAGUACCUUGCGCUCCUGGGCCCCAAGGACGAGCGCGAUGCUCCGCCCAAGAAGCAGCCGAAAGCGCCGGCCGAGGCGAAGGCGAAGGCUGAGGAGAAGAAGACGGAGGAGAUCGCGAGCGAUCGUAUGUUUACGGAGGGAUUCUUGGCGCAGCUGCAUAAGCCCGGUGGGAACGAGCAGAUCAUCCCCGAGAGGAUGAAGGAACACUUGGAGGCUACCGGCGGAAAGGUGUUUACUAGGUUCCCGCCGGAGCCGAAUGGGUACUUGCACAUUGGCCACAGCAAGGCGAUUGCGAUCAACUUCGGAUUUGCGAGGUACCAUGGCGGUCAGUGCUACCUGCGCUACGAUGAUACCAAUCCCGAGUCCGAGGAGGAGAGAUAUAUCGUCGCCAUCAGGGAGAUCAUCGAGUGGUUGGGCUUCAAGCCGUUUAAGAUCACCCAUGCGAGUGAUCAUUUCGACAAGUUAUAUGAGCUGGCCGAGGACCUGAUCAAGCGGGAUAAGGGAUACGUCUGUUACUGUACCGCCGAGGAGGUGAAUGCUCAGAGGGGUGGCAAGGACAACCGUGCUCCUCGGUUUGAGUGUGUACACAGAAACAGGCCGGUUGAGGAGAGCCUGGCGGAGUUCAGAGCGAUGCGAGACGGGAAGUACAAACCCAAGGAGGCUAUGAUGAGAAUGAAGAUGGAUAUCUUGGGCUCGGGCAACCCUCAGAUGUGGGACUUGACGGCAUACCGGAUUCUGGAUGCCCCUCACCCUCAGACCGGUACUAAAUGGAAGAUAUACCCAACAUACGACUUCACCCACUGUCUUUGCGAUUCUUUUGAGAACAUCUCGCACUCGUUGUGCACGACAGAGUUCAUCAAUUCGCGGGAAUCAUACGACUGGCUGUGCAAUGCUUUGGAAAUUUACAGGCCUCAGCAGAGAGAAUAUGGCCGUCUCAACCUGACCGGUACCAUCAUGAGCAAGAGGAAGAUCAUGAAGCUCGUGGAUGGUGGACACGUGCGGGGCUGGGACGACCCACGGCUGUACACACUGGUGGCCAUCCGUCGCCGCGGUAUCCCGCCCGGCGCGAUUCUGGGCUUUGUCAACGAGCUCGGUGUGACCACAUCCCACACCAACAUCCAGAUCAAGCGCUUCGAGCAGACGGUGCGACGGUACCUUGAAGAAACCGUUCCCCGACUGAUGAUGAUCCUCGAUCCUCUGCGAGUCGUGAUCGAGAACUAUCCUCGGGAGCAGGUUGAAGAGUUCGACUCCCCCUUCAAGCCGAACGACGCCAAAAUGGGCACCCACAACCUGCCGUUCUCCCGCGUCAUCUACAUUGACCGCUCCGACUUCCGCGAGACGGCUUCAAAAGACUACUUCCGUCUCGCGCCAGGCCAGCCCGUGGGUCUUCUCCGAGCGCCGCACCCGAUCCGCUACGUUGCCUGCAGCAAGGGCAUCGGUGGAAGAGUCCUCGAGGUGGUCUGCCGUUACGAGAACGACGUCCCCUUCAAGAAGCCCAAGACGUACAUCCAAUGGAUCGCCGACGCCCCCGAAAAGGGUUCCCCCGUCCCCGUCGAGGUCCGUGUCACCAAUCAGCUCUUCAAGUCCGAGAACCCUAACGACAAUCCCGACGGCUUCCUUGCCGAUAUCAACCCGGACAGCGAGGAGGUCUUCAAGGACGCCAUCAUCGAAACCGGUUUCCACGAGAUCCGUCGGCGCGCGCCGUGGCCCGAGCAGGAGGGCGAGAAGGAUAAGAGCAAGAUCGGACCCGAGUCUGUUCGCUUCCAGGCCUUGAGGGUGGGGUACUUCGCGAUGGAUAGAGAUACCGUCGAUGAUAAGAUCGUGCUCAACCGGAUUGUUACGCUGAAGGAGGACGCCGGGAAGAAUGCGUAGGUGCGGAUGAUGGUGUGCUAGUAGAUCGAUUUCCUACUUUCUUCUCUGCUUAGUGUUUUGUGGGUUGGGAGCGGGUUUGGUUGUGUGCUCGGUAUAGAUUGCAAACGUGAAACAUUGGUGUAACGGUUCCC